AGGGUUGUCGAUAGCUCCGGUAUAGACCGGAAUCUAAUUAUAAGAGUGAUUGUAGGUUUCUUAACAAAGUUUGCAUCUCAUCUCCUGCUGCAUUGACAAUUCCAGGUCACAUGGGAGGUUGAAUUUUCUUGAACAGGAGAACGUGCAAGCUUCUAGCUGAAGUGAACUCCGGAUCACACAGCAUUGAAGUUUCUUGCAUGCAGAUUGGCUGCAAAGUAUGCUUGCUUGUCCAGUAACCAAAGUCGCCGGAGUUUUCGCGUAAAAAACCUUGGUCAAACCAGCUGAUCAAAAAUCGUGUAAACAUCUAACUUGAAGUAUAAGGCUUUGAUUGAGAAAGAGAUUGCGAGGCGAUACAUUGUGGCUCUGGGUCGAAGGAGAUUGCCUGCUUCAUAAGUCUGAUUUUGAUAAAUGCUGAGAAAGAUAUGGACGCAAAGAGAAGAAGUGGGAUCGUCAAGCAAUCACCGUUCAAGACUCAAUUCUGUCCAAACAUGCUCGGCCCUCUUGUUUCCAUUAAGUUUGGCCGUUUCUUAAGCAGUCUUUGAUUCCUACACUUUCGAAGUUCCAACUGUUUUUCUUUAUCAGGAAUGACGCUUCCAACAUUGACAGAUACCUCACAUCCCGACAUGAGACUUCGAUUUUAACAUAGCUGCUGCGAACUUUGUACGAAUACCCUUUGUUUCUUGUCUUCGAAUUCGAACCCGGAAUCCUUUCUUUUAUAGUGUUUCAUCUUGAUUUGGUUACGCAUGGCCGGUCUACGAAUAAUCUUGUCGCUUAUGCUUCUUGCGGCCUACGGCGUAAUUGCUCGAUGUGGGGCCUCGACAGCUCCGCCCUCUCGGGCUAUCAAAGCAGCUUACUGGCCGUCGUCUGAUGAAUUCCCUGCAUCAUCCAUAGACACCUCAUAUUUCAAUCACAUUUACUAUGCGUUCCUAUUGCCCAAACCGACCACGUUCAGGCUCAACGUCACUGCAUCUGACCAAACCAAGCUGCCUGUAUUCACGGGCACGCUGCAAAAGCGAAAGCCGGCAGUCAAGACCCUCCUAUCCAUAGGAGGAGGCGGGUCAGACCCGAAUGUGUUCUCCAGGAUGGCCAACAGCUCAGAAACUCGUGCAGCAUUCAUAAACUCCACCAUUGAAGUAGCUCGAAAAUACGGUUUCAAUGGGGUUGACUUGGACUGGGAGUUUCCAGCGGAUGAACAAGACAUGUCGAACCUUGCUUUGCUUUACAAAGAGUGGAGAAAAGCACUGGCUGACGAGUCCAAGAGAUGUGGUAAAAGCCGCUUAUUACUGACAUCUGCCGUGUACUAUGCAUCAGCAUUUCAGGUUUUCGGGACACCCCGAUCGUACCCCAGUCGGGCGAUCCGGAAGCAUGUGGACUGGGUCAGCCCCAUGUGCUUUGACUAUCACGGGUCGUGGGAGAAUUUCACGGGCGAGCAGUCGGCACUCUAUGAUUCGAAGAGCAACAUCAGCACGAGCUAUGGAAUCAGUUCGUGGAUUCGAGCUGGUGUGCCGCCCCGAAAGCUGGUGAUGGGCCUACCGUUGUACGGGAGGACAUGGACGCUCCAGAAUCCAAAUGUUAAUGAAGUCGGGGCCCCAGCUGUCGGGACGGGUCCUGGAGAUGGUGUCUUGACAUACAGUCAGAUUGUUGAUUUCAAUCUUCAGAACCAUACGACAGUCAAAUUCGACGAGGAGUCAGUGUCGUACUACUCAUAUGUUGGAGUCUCUUGGAUUGGUUAUGACGAUGUUCGGUCUGCGCGGAGGAAGGUCCGGUUUGCAAGGUCUCGGGGCUUGGGUGGGUACUUCUUCUGGGCUCUCGGCCAGGAUAAGAACUGGAUUAUCUCAAGACAAGGUACCAAUGAAAUCACCUUCUAUUCUUCUGAUGUUCCUGACACAUAG